UUGGAUUCAAGCAUAUCAUCACAGACCAGUAAAUAUCGUAAAACAUAUUAAAUCUGUAGGUUUAAGAUUGUUUGCGAAUUGAACUAUAAAUGUAAAGGAAUCCAAUAUUAAUUCCUCCCUUCUACUGUAUUUUGUAACAGAAAUAACAAUAUCGUUUAUUCUAUAAAUUCGAAGUUUAAUACGAUGUCUGGAUCAAAAUUAAAUGAGCUGCGACACGAUAUCGACGAGCUAAAUACACUACUCAAGCAAGCCAAACGGAAGAAAGUUCAGAAUAUUUUAUCGUUGGAGGCACGCAAAUUGGAAACGGAGUGGGUUAAUCUCACGGAAAUCGAGAAAAGUGUAGUUGCAUCAGAUGUGAUCGCUGCACCUACUACUUCCUCAACCUCCACCCAGAGCAAACGUUACCAGAUCAAAUUGAACGGCUAUGGGUGGGAUCAAUCGGAUAAAUAUGUGAAGGUGUUUGUUACUCUGAAAGAUGUGCAGAAUGUGCCAAAGGAUCAUGUGUUCUGUAAGCUAACCGAUAAAUCAAUGGAGCUGCAUGUUGAGAAUUUGGAUAACAAACACUACCUGUUGGUUAUCAACAAACUACUCUAUCCCAUUAAUGUGGAGGAAUGUCACUGGAAACAAAAAACAGAUAUGGUUGUUGUUUUCUUGGCAAAAUCUGAACAGAAUGUCAAAUGGUCGCAUAUGACUGAGCUUGAGAAGAAGUUUGAGGACCAGCGUAGUAAUCGCUUUAAACCAGAUGAGAUGGAUAACAAAGAUCCACAAGAGUCUAUCAUAGGACUCAUGAAGAACAUGUAUGAAUCAGGAGAUGAUGAAAUGAAGAGAAUGAUUUCUAAAGCUUGGUAUGAAGGACAGCAUAAAAAGAAAACUGAUGCCCUAGAUUUGUAAAAUUUAUUCCAUCAAAUGUUUCCAUUUUAUAUCUAAUAUUAUAUAAAUUUUGCUUAUAGUAUUUUGUUUCCCAUUCUUUAAAAAUAUGUUGUUUUUAAGAGUAAAUGCUAUUGAAUUGGUUCAGUAGAACAUUGAAUUUUGGGAAAACAUUAUAGUAUUUAUGUGCUUAAGCAAAUACAUGACGUAAUUCCAAGGUAUAGUAGAACUGAUAAAUAAAAGAUAUAGUUACAAU